AUGGACAUCGUAGACGACGACUUGAGCGAACAAGGGCCAACUCAAGACGCCCCUGCCCCUGACAUCCAGGAGAAGAAGUGGUGGACGGACGACGACGACACCAUCCUGCUCACCCAAGUCAACAACGAACGACCGUUCAUGCAAAGGAAGGACACGACCAAAGCGUGGGAGUCGAUGGCGGCUACCCUGCGGUCGGUGGCCACACAAGUCCAGCGCUGGGCGACUCAGCAAUUUGGCCAAUCCGUCCACAUCACGAUCAUUCGUCGAAUCCUGAAGGAUGAGCGGACCAUCGAGUCCUACAACAUAAUUGAGGAGUCAGCGAAAUGCCGGUUUAACUUUCAGCGACCAAAAUACUCCGAACACCAAGAAGCCGCGUUGUUUCCGAGGCUUGACUAG